AUGCAGUUUGUAUCCUGGGCCACACUGCUAACGUUCCUGGUGCGGGACCUGGCCGAGAUGGGGAGCCCAGACGCCGCGGCGGCCGUGCGCAAGGACAGGCUGCACCCGAGGCAAGUGAAAUUAUUAGAGACCCUGAGCGAAUACGAAAUCGCGUCUCCCAUCCGAGUGAACGCUCUCGGAGAACCCGUUUCUACGAACGUGCACUUCAAAAGGAGGCGCCGGAGCAUUAACGCUGCCUCUGACCCCUGGCCGGCCUCUGCCUCGUCUUCCUCCUCCUCCUCUACCUCCGACCAGGAGCAUUACCGCCUCUCUGCCUUCGGCCAGCAAUUUCUAUUUAAUCUCUCCGCCCAUUCCGGAUUUAUCGCUCCACUGUUCACUGUCACCCUUCUCGGGACGCCCGGGGAGAACCAGACAAAGUUUUAUUCUGAGGAGGAAGCGGAACUCAAGCACUGCUUCUACAAAGGCCAUGUCAAUACCAAGUCUACCAAGUCCCAGCACACGGCGGUCAUCAGCCUCUGCUCAGGAAUGCAAACACAGCCGCCCAGGAGCGGAGCAGCUGAGCGCAGGCAGGACCCGACUCCUUAUUGGCGCGUCUCGAGUCAGGGGUGUGGGCUGAGGAUCCCCAGCCUCGGGUAUGGGGAGUUCCUUCUGUGUGUCGUGGAGGGCGAACGCAAAAAUAGUCACAGUGAAGACAAGAGGAAAAUGAGAACAAGAAAAUGGGGAGAGAAGCGUAGCCUGGCUGACGAUGUGGCGGUAUUAAAAAGCAGCUUAGCAACAAAGGCUCUGCCUGCCUCUGGUAACAAGACGGACAGCACGAGGGAAAAGAGGACCCACAGAAGAACAAAACGUUUUUUAUCCUACCCACGGUUUGUAGAAGUGAUGGUGGUGGCAGACAACAAAAUGGUUUUAUACCACGGAGCAAACCUUCAGCACUAUAUUUUAACUUUAAUGUCAAUUGUAGCCUCUAUCUAUAAAGACCCAAGUAUUGGAAAUUUAAUUAAUAUUGUUAUUGUGAACUUAGUUGUGAUUCAUAAUGAACAGGAAGGACCUUCCAUAUCUUUUAACGCCCAGACAACAUUAAGAAAUUUUUGCCAGUGGCAGCACUCCAACUAUCCAGGUGGAAUCCAGCAUGACACCGCUGUUCUCGUAACGAGACAGGAUAUCUGCAGAGCUCAUGACAAAUGUGACACCUUAGGUCUUGCUGAACUGGGUACCAUCUGUGAUCCCUACCGAAGCUGUUCUAUUAGUGAAGACAGUGGACUGAGCACGGCUUUCACAAUAGCCCACGAGCUGGGCCAUGUGUUCAACAUGCCUCACGAUGACAACAAUAAGUGCAAAGAGGAAGGAGUGAAGAGUCCCCAGCAUGUCAUGGCUCCCACAUUGAACUUCUACACCAACCCCUGGAUGUGGUCAAAAUGUAGUCGAAAAUAUAUCACUGAGUUUUUAGACACUGGUUACGGUGAGUGUUUGCUUAAUGAACCUGAAGCCAGACGCUACCCUCUGCCUCCCCAACUGCCGGGCCUCCUUUACAACGUGAAUAAACAAUGUGAAUUGAUUUUUGGACCAGGUUCUCAGGUGUGCCCAUAUAUGAUGCAGUGUAGACGGCUCUGGUGCCAUAAUGUGGACGGAGCGCACAAAGGCUGCCGGACUCAGCACACGCCCUGGGCAGACGGGACAGAGUGUGAGCCUGGAAAGCACUGCAAGUUUGGAUUUUGUGUUCCCAAAGAAAUGGAGGUCCCUGUGACUGAUGGAUCCUGGGGAAGUUGGAGUCACUUUGGAACCUGCUCAAGAACGUGUGGAGGGGGCAUCAAAACUGCCAUUCGUGAGUGCAACAGACCAGAGCCCAAAAAUGGUGGGAAGUACUGUGUAGGACGUAGGAUGAAGUUUAAGUCCUGCAACACAGAGCCAUGUCUCAAGCAGAAGCGAGACUUCCGAGAUGAACAGUGUGCUCAGUUUGACGGGAAGCAUUUCAACAUCAACGGUCUGCUUCCCACUGUGCGUUGGGUCCCUAAGUACAGUGGAAUUUUGAUGAAGGACCGUUGCAAGUUGUUCUGCAGGGUGGCAGGUAACACGGCCUACUACCAGCUGCGAGACAGAGUGAUAGAUGGGACGCCCUGUGGCCAAGACACCAGCGAUAUCUGUGUCCAAGGCCUCUGCCGGCAAGCUGGAUGCGACCACGUUUUAAACUCAAAAGCCCGGAGAGAUAAAUGUGGAGUUUGUGGUGGUGAUAAUUCUUCGUGCAAAACAGUGGCAGGAACAUUUAACACAGUGCAUUAUGGUUAUAAUACUGUGGUCCGAAUUCCAGCCGGUGCUACCAAUAUCGACGUGCGGCAGCACAGUUUCUCAGGGAAAUCAGAGGAUGAUAACUACUUGGCUUUAUCAAGCAGUAAAGGUGAAUUCUUACUAAAUGGAGACUUCGUGGUCACAAUGUCUAAAAGGGAAAUCCGCAUUGGGAACGCUGUGAUAGAGUACAGCGGGUCCGACAAUGUCGUGGAAAGAAUUAACUCCACAGACCGCAUCGAACAAGAACUUUUGCUUCAGGUGUUGUCGGUGGGAAAGUUAUACAACCCUGAUGUGCGCUAUUCAUUCAAUAUUCCAAUUGAAGACAAACCCCAGCAGUUUUACUGGAACAGUCACGGGCCCUGGCAAGCCUGCAGCAAACCCUGCCAAGGGGAGCGGAAGCGCAAACCCGUUUGCACCCGGGAAUCUGAUCAGCUUACGGUUUCUGAUCAAAGAUGUGACCGGCUGCCCCAGCCAGGACCCAUUACUGAACCUUGUGGCACAGACUGUGACCUGAGGUGGCACAUUGCCAGCAGGAGUGAAUGUAGCGCCCAGUGUGGCUUGGGUUACCGCACACUAGACAUCUACUGUGCCAAAUAUAGCAGGCUAGAUGGGAAGACCGAGAAGGUUGACGACAGUUUUUGCAACAGUCACCCCAAACCAAGCAACCGGGAAAAGUGCUCAGGAGAAUGUAACACGGGUGGCUGGCGCUAUUCUGCCUGGACUGAAUGCUCCAAAAGCUGUGAUGGUGGCAGCCAGAGAAGAAGGGCGAUUUGCGUCAACACCCGCAACGAUGUACUGGACGAUCGCAAAUGCGCACAUCAAGAGAAAGUCACCAUUCAGAGAUGCAAUGAGUUCUCUUGUCCACAGUGGAAGUCAGCAGACUGGUCAGAGUGCCUGGUCACCUGCGGAAAAGGACAUAAGCACCGCCAGGUCUGGUGUCAGUUUGGGGAAGAUCGAUUAAACGAUAGAAGCUGUGACCCUGAGACCAAGCCAGCCUCCAUACUGACUUGUCAGCAGCCAGAAUGUGCGUCCUGGCAGGCGGGUCCCUGGGGACAGUGCAGUGUCACUUGUGGACAAGGAUACCAGCUGAGGGCAGUGAAGUGCAUCAUUGGGACUUACAUGUCAGUGGUCGAUGACAAUGACUGCAAUGCAGCCACUAGACCAACUGAUACCCAGGACUGUGAAUUACCAUCUUGUCACCCUCCCCCAGCUGCCCCGGAAGGAAGAAGAAGCACGCAGAGUGCACCAAGAACCCAGUGGCGAUUUGGGUCUUGGACACCAUGCUCAGCCACUUGUGGAAAAGGUACUCGGAUGAGAUAUGUCAGCUGUCGGGACGAAGACGGCUCUGUGGCUGACGAGAGCGCCUGUGUGACUCUGCCUAGACCAGUGGCAAAGGAAGAAUGUUCUGUGACUCCCUGUGGGCAGUGGAAAGCUUUGGACUGGAGCCCUUGCUCCGUGACUUGUGGGCAAGGCAGGGCGACCCGGGAAGUGGUGUGUGUCAACUACAGUGACCACGUGAUUGAUCGGAGUGAGUGCGAUCCAGACUACAUCCCAGAAACCGACCAGGACUGUUCCACCUCACCAUGCCCUCAGCGGACCCCAGACAGCGGUCUCGCUCAGCACCCCUUCCAAAGCGAGGAUUUCCGCCCCAGAAGCGCGGGCCCCAGCCGCACCCAUGUGCUUGGUGGAAACCAGUGGAGGACUGGCCCCUGGGGAGCAUGUUCCAGUACCUGUGCUGGUGGAUCCCAGCGACGUGUUGUGGUAUGUCAGGACGAAAAUGGAUACACUGCAAAUGACUGCGUGGAGAGGAUAAAACCCGAUGAGCAAAGAGCCUGUGAAUCUGGCCCUUGUCCUCAAUGGGCUUAUGGCAACUGGGGAGAGUGCACAAAGCUAUGCGGUGGGGGCUUGCGCACAAGACUGGUGGUCUGCCAGCGGCCCAGCGGUGAGCGGUUUCCAGAUCUGAGCUGUGAAAUCCUUGAUAAGCCUCCAGAUCGCGAGCAGUGUAACACACACGCUUGUCCGCAAGACGCUGCCUGGAAUCACGGCCCUUGGAGUUCGUGUUCUGUCUCUUGUGGUCGAGGGCAUAAACAACGAAAUGUUUACUGCAUGGCAAAAGAUGGAAACCAUUUAGAGAGUGAUUACUGUAAACACCUUGCUAAGCCAAGUGGGCACAGAAAGUGCAGAGGAGGAAGAUGCCCCAAAUGGAAAGCUGGCGCCUGGAGUCAGUGCUCUGUGUCCUGCGGCCAAGGCACACGGCGGAGAAGUGUGAGCUGUCAGACGGGAACACACAAAACAGCCAGAGAGACUGAGUGCAACCCCUACACCAGACCAGAGUCAGAACGCGCCUGCCAAGCCGCACCGUGUCCUCUCUAUGCCUGGAGGGCAGAGGAAUGGCAAGAAUGCACCAAGACGUGUGGCGAGGGCUCCAGGUACCGCAAGGUGGUGUGUUUGGAUGUGGACAAAGGCACUGAGGUUCACGGCCUACGCUGCGACACGAGCAAGCGGCCUGCGGACCGGGAGAGCUGUAGUUUGCAGCCCUGCGAGUAUGUCUGGAUCACAGGAGAAUGGUCAGAGUGCUCAGUGACCUGUGGAAAGGGCUACAGACAAAGGCUCGUCUCCUGUAGCGAGAUUUACACCGGGAAGGAGAAUUAUGAGUACAGCUACCAAACGGCCGUCAACUGCCCGGGCACUCAGCCCCCCAGCGUCCAUCCGUGCUACCUGAGGGAGUGCCCUGUGUCGGCCAGCUGGAGAGUCGGCAACUGGGGCAGCUGCUCAGUGUCCUGUGGUGUGGGAGUGACACACAGAUCUGUGCAGUGUUUAACCAACGAGGACCAGCCCAGCCACUUAUGCCCUGCCGACCUGAAGCCAGAAGAAAGGAAAACUUGUCACAAUAUCUAUAACUGUGAGUUACCCCAGAACUGCAAGGAGGUAAAGAGACUGAAAGGUGCCACUGAAGAUGGUGAAUACUUUCUGCUCAUCGCGGGAAAGCUCCUGAAGAUAUUCUGUGCAGGGAUGCAGUCUGACCACCCCAAAGAGUUCAUAACCCUGGUCCACGGUGACUCAGAAAACUUCUCCGAGGUAUACGGGCACAGGCUGCACAACCCAACCGAAUGUCCCUACAACGGGAGCCGACGGGAUGACUGCCAGUGUCGGAAGGACUACACGGCAGCUGGGUUUUCCAGCUUCCAGAAAAUCAGAAUAGACCUGACCACGAUGCAGAUAAUAACCACUGACUUACAGUUUGCCCGGACCAGCGAAGGACACCCUGUCCCUUUUGCCACAGCCGGGGACUGCUACAGUGCUGCCAAGUGCCCGCAGGGUCGUUUUAGCAUCAACCUUUACGGGACCGGCCUGUCUUUAACUGACUCAGCCAGAUGGAUAUCACAAGGGAACUACGCGGUCUCCGACAUUAAGAAGUCCCCGGACGGUACCCGAGUCAUGGGAAAAUGCGGUGGCUACUGUGGGAAAUGUACUCCGUCCUCUGGCACUGGCCUGGAGGUUCGAAUUUUAUAG